AUGCUUCAUUUGCUGACACUUGGCUCCUCAGAGAAGGUCCUGGUCAUUCUGAGAGAUGGAAGAAAGUUGACUGGUGUUUUCCGAAGUUAUGAUCAGUUCGCCAACUUCCUCCUUGAAUCAUGCGUGGAAAGGUUACACUAUAAAUUGGAAUACGCCGACAGAGACAUUGGUAUACUGUUGAUUAGAGGAGAGAACGUGGUAGCGUUGGGAGAGAUCGACCUGAUACAAGAAGACUUGGUACCGUUACGGGAGGUCCCACUCGAGGAGAUCGAGCAGAAGAUCUCUGCCGAGUCUAAACGACGAGAGCGAGACCAACUUGUAAAGGACAAGGUAUUGUCCAAGAUGGGCUUCGUGUCGGAAGGCAAGGAGGGCGAUGCGUACUGA